AUGUCAUCCGGGCCAGAGAAGGAGUACCCCAGCCCACGUGCGCUUCGCGAAGAACCAACAAGCCCUCUAAAAACGCCUGUUUUCUCGUGUUUUGCGGUUCAUAAUAUAUCUGGUGGAGACCGGAAGUCUUUGCGCAAAAUGGACGCAUUUCUCGAGGAAUACCGGCUCGGGCCCUCCCCCGUGUACACGGUAAAGGACGUUGUGGCCCAAUCCUUCAUCCAGGCCUAUGCAAACCAUCUUAAGAAGCGAGGAAAGUUCCAGGUCCCCAUGUGGGCAGAUUUGGUGAAAACAGGAUAUGGCAAGACCCUGGCGCCACAGGACCCUGACUGGAUCUUCAAGCGUGCGGCGGCCAUACUGCGGCAUCUCUACCUCCGCCCGAACUGCGGCGUGGGCGCAUUCAGAAAGGUCUUCUCCUGCAAGAAUGGCAAGAAAUGCAUUCCAGGACACACCAGCAAGGCUAGUGGGAAGAUCAUCCGUUACAUUCUCCAGCAGUUUGAGGCCAUGGGGCUUGUGGAGUCUCGCCCAGACAAUGGCAGACGGUUGACGAAGCUGGGUCAGAAGGAGUUGGACGUCAUCGCUCGUCAGUGCGUUGUCUCCCCCUCAGCCUGA